CACCAUUCGUCUUUUGAAAUCCAAAUUCGACGGAUGGUAAAACGGAUGGUUGAGAUUCGACUUCAACUGAACGGAUUCGCGUCGGGUAAUUAAGCCACCUUUUUGUUUUUGUGUGGCAAACGAAGAAGUGUUGGAUUGAUUUUGCGCUACUUUCGCGAAAAGCAUCGUUUCGGCAGCGGUGCGUGUGUGUGGGUGCAAUCAAACAUAAAUAACGUGCAAUUACGGCAAAACAAAAAUGAGCAAUUUUAAUGCGAAAUAAUUAGAGGAAUCUCUUUGAUUUGUGUGUUUACAAAUAAAUCAGCAAAUGAAUGUGCGAAAGUAUCCCAAUGAACAGUGGAAUCGAAUAAAGAGUCGCAGUGAAAAUAUAAAGCAAGGAGGAAAAACAAGGAAAACAACUUGAAGGAUAUGCCUCAAAGCUGAUCGAUUGACCUAACCGAGUGAACGCCAGUUGGUUAAAUGCUACAUUAUGUCGGCCAAGCACAUCGAACAGUAUACGAAUCCAUCCUUUGAGCAGGAGUCCGACCCACCGCCUCCCCCUGGGGGCGUGGCAGAUGUGGGAGCAGCAGUCGGGGGCAGCAAUAUCAACAAUGCCAACGAUGCCGGCACGGCAAAUCGCAAAGGUCACAGGCGGCAGGAAUCGAUGUACCAGAUGACUGGCCUCUACUCGGAAACGAAUAGCGGCGACGACAGCAGCAUAGAUGCGGCCCUCGAUCAGGAACACAGGUCGCACUUGGCCGGGGAUCAGUUGACUUCCGGAGGAGGCGGAGGAGGAGGAGGAGGAGCAGGAGGAGGAGCUGGUGGAGGAGCAGGUGGUGGCGCUAGUGGUGCAUCGAUGGCCAACGUGGACAGCGUGACGAUCAAGUGCCACAGUCGACAGGCGUCGUCGGCGGGCAAAUGUCCGCCAGCUCCGGAUCCGGAGGAGGACUUCGACGAGGAGCAGUUCCGCACCGGCGAUUGUGGCAUCCUCAAUUGCCGGCCUUAUGGCAUCCAGCGCUUCGCCCGCAUCAAGAUCUUUGUGCUCCUGCUGUCGCUCCUGGUGAUGAUGCAACAGGCCCUCAGUUCGGGUUACAUCAACUCGGUGAUCACCACGAUCGAGAAGCGCUUCGAGAUCCCCUCCAGCUACUCCGGUCUGAUAGCUUCGAGCUACGAGAUCGGCAACGUGAUCACCGUGAUCUUUGUGAGCUACUUGGGGAGCAGGAGGCACAUUCCCGUCUGGAUUGGCAUCGGUGCGGUGAUCAUGGGCAUUGGGUCGCUGGUGUUCAUGGUGCCGCAUUUCACUGGAGAACCGAAUCCCGGCAUUGCGAUCAUGAACAAGACGAGUGACAACAUCUGCCGCAGUGCCUUGGUGCGGAAUCAGGACAUGGAUCUGGGUCGUCUGUCCAGCGGACUGUCCAACCAACCGCUGGCACCGCACACCCUCCGCGAGGAUAAUUGCCUCGAGGGAAAGGCUUCUACCACGGGACCCGUGCUGCUCUUCGUCCUCGCUCAACUGCUCCUGGGCUGCGGAGGCAGUCCGCUCUUCACCCUGGGAACCACCUACGUGGACGACCACGUGCGCACGGAGAGUUCGUCGAUGUACAUCGGCUGCAUGUACAGCAUGGGCGCCUUCGGACCCGUCGUCGGAUUCCUGCUCGGCGCCUACCUGCUCUCCUUCCACAUGGACUCGCUGUCCUCCACCACCAUUUCGAUCACUCCCGGCGACAGACGUUGGGUGGGGAUGUGGUGGGGCUUCCUGCUGUGCGGCGUCAUUCUGCUGGUGGUGGCCGUGCCCUUUUUCUCCUUCCCCAAGGUCCUGGCCCGCGAGAAGAAGAAGAUACGCAAGAGCAGCGUGGUGCAGCCCGUCCUGCCGAAUAAUUCCGCUGCCACAGCGGCCACCGAUGAGAUGGGCAAGGUGAAGAAGCUGGAGAUUGUGGCCGUGACCAGCAAGGAGGACCAAUCGCAGCCGCCGCCGAAGGUGGACACCGGUUACGGCAAGGACAUCAAGGACAUUCCGCAAUCGAUGCUGCGGCUGGUCAAGAAUCCCGUGUACAUUGUGACCUGCUUGGGAGCCUGCAUGGAACUGAUGAUCGUCUCGGGAUUUGUGGUCUUCCUGCCCAAAUACCUGGAGACGCAGUUCAGCCUGGGCAAGAGUCAGGCCAACAUCUUCACAGGAUCGAUCGCUGUGCCUGGUGCCUGCAUUGGCAUCUUCCUCGGCGGCUGCAUCCUGAAGCGAUUCCAACUGAAGCCCAAGGGCGCCGUCCAAUUCGUCCUGAUCACCAAUGUGAUUUGCCUCGCCUGCUAUGCGAUGCUGUUCUUCCUCGGCUGCGACAACCUGAAGAUGGCGGGCACCACGAUUCCCUACUACACCAGCAACAAGCCGGGCUCCACGCUGGAGCAGCCCUUCCAGGUGAACCUCACCGCCAAGUGCAACUUCGGCUGCGAGUGCCUCACCGGCGAGGUGGAGCCGGUGUGCGGCAACAACGGACUCACCUACUUCAGUCCCUGCCACGCCGGCUGCACGGGCUUCCUGUCCGGCUCCAACUACACCAAUUGUGCAUGUGUUCACGCCAACAUUUAUAGUGGCGCUGGUGGAAGCCAAGCUCAGGCGCUCAGUGCCAACGAGAACUUCGCCGAGGUGACGGUGGUGCCGGUGGCCACCGCCGGUCCCUGUGCCACGCCCUGCCGCACCAUCUACCCCUUCCUCAUCUUGCUCUUCUUCAUGACCUUCGUGGUGGCCUCCACCCAGAUGCCGCUGCUGAUGAUCGUAUUGCGUUCGGUUUCCGAGGAGGAGCGUUCCUUUGCCCUCGGCAUGCAGUUUGUGAUCUUUCGACUUUUUGGUUACAUACCCGCUCCCAUUCUGUUCGGGAACCUCAUCGACUCCACUUGCCUGCUGUGGAAAUCUUCCUGUGGCGAGAAGGGGGGUCGCUGUCUUAUCUACGAUAUUGAAAAGUUUAGAUACAAAUAUGUUGGUCUCUGUGCCUCUGUUAAGCUAGUUGCUUUGUUUAUCUUUAUGGUUGAUUGGUGGUUGGUGCGAAGGCGUAAGCAGUUGGAGAAAAUAAAGCCCUUGAAUGCAAGCGAUCCAAUAAUUGGUUCCAUUAUCAGCCUAGACAAAUUGUUUGAAGAGAAGCUUUCUGGUGGCGAACAGCCAAAUGCAUUUGUUGGCGGCACAGGAGAGCUGAUCAUUCCCACAGAGAUACUGCGUCAUUCACGGAACGAUUCACGAACCAUGCAGAUGGAUUACUGCUACGACAAAUGUGGUCAUGUGGUAACUCCAGCGAAUACUUGCAACCAGCCGCAGACCAAGUCGAAGAAGCACUUCCGGAGCGCCUCGUGCGACGUGAAGAUGAUCAAGAGCUUUGCCAGGGAUCACAACUCGUCCAGCGGACCGGCGGAUGCGGCUGGUCAGGAUGCGAGUGGUGCGAGCAGCAAAUACAAGAAUCUCAAGAAGUUCCAGGCGCACACGCGUAAUCACUCGACCGAUCUGCACGACAACAGCCAACCCAUUCGAUAUAUCCAGAAUCAGCUGCGGCCACAGGAUUGCGCCGAAGAGGAUGACGACGAUGAGCUGACCACCGGCUGUGGCCACUUCGUCAAGAAGCACUCGCGCAACCACAGCUACGACCAGAUCUACAUGCCCAACAACAUACGCUUCGAUGCGGACUUCCUGCGGCAUCCGCAUCCGCAUCACAACCCCAAGAAGAAUGUGAACGUGCUGAAGAACGUGGUGACGGACAUGGGCAAGCUGAAGAAUUCAAACGAAACGGAAGCCGGCGGCGCGGGAUCCCGUGGUCAUUCGCGCAACAACUCGAAGGACUUGAACACCAAAAUUUCCAGUGGCACUCCAGUGAACAGCGGUUCUGGGCUGGCAUCAUCAUCCGAUGCCAGCACCGCGGGCUUGAGUGUGCUUCGGCAUCGACGCACCAACUCCAAGGACCUCAACUACCAAAUUCUGCCGGAGGCGAUUCCCACCAGCUCGUUGGCGGGACAUCCGCAGCCGCAUCCUCAGCACUCGCGAAACACGUCACACCACAAGAUUCAGAUCGACGACGAUCGGAACGAGCUCAUCAACGACAACGAUGACGAUGAGGAGGAGCGCUCCACGGCUUAGAGGAAUGUGGAAUGGCUUUAAGCUUUAAGUAAGGAUUAUCGGUUCGAGGCAGAAGUAGAAGAAGCAGCCUCUUGUGUCCUGAGUGUGUGUGUUCCAUGCCCGUUUCCCGACGAAGUGACUCAACCUCCCAGCUGCUCAUUGUACUUACGACCGAGUGUUCAAAUCUACUUUCCUCGUAGAAGGCAUCUGCAAAUAGAAAUCUUUUGAUAUAUAUGCAAAUUCGAAUCCGAAUCCGAUACGAAUGCGAA